UUUCCUUUCGCGCAAAACUGAAACUAGACGAUUUUGACUUUUGACUAUGAUCAUCAAACUGUGUAAAACAUCGAAUGCAUGAUUGAUUUGUGUCAAAUUUGCACGUCAAAGGAUGGAGAAAGAGAUGACCAAGCUGACAGAAAAUCUAGCUUUUCCAGAAACCGACCUUACUCUGGUGGUAGAGGGUCAGAAGAUCCAUGUCAACAAAUCAGUCCUUUCUGAGCAUUCACCUGUAUUUGAUACCAUGUUUAAAAGUCAGUUCAAGGAAAGUACUGCAAAAGAGAUUCCAUUGGAGGACAAGAAGGCAGAUGAUGUUGUUGAAUUUUUAAGUUGUUUCUAUCCUAAAAUGAAGCAUCCUGUAAAAGCGGAAAAUGUACUGCAGGUACUACCUAUAGCACACGAGUACCAGUCUUCUCUGGUGACAGACUGUGAAGACUUCAUGAUAGCAAUGUGUAAACCAGACAAAAGGCUGACCGUCAAUACACUGCUUGACUACAUAUUGGCAGGGGAAAAGUACGGCUUUACCAGAUUCAUAGAGGCUGCUGUGGAAUUAUGUGCACGCAUUGAUUUUGACGUUCUUAACGGAAAAAAGUUUAAUUGUUACUUAGAAACUCAGGAUAAAAAUAUAUCUUUGAAAUUUUCAAAAAUAGGUAUAAAAACUCAAUAUGCUAUAUCAAAGAAAAGAUUACAACGUUUGGAAAAGUAUUAUAGAAGCAAUCCACGUACAUCUGGGGACGAUGUUACCAUCCCACUGUCAUGCCAUUUGGUGACAAGAAAAGGAUUUUAUUACUGAAAUUAUGAAAGAAGGUGUUGCAAUCCCUAUGCUAAUUUUCCCUAAAGGAGUUGCAGAUAAAAUAGAGAAAUCAAAGUUACAGAAUUCGAUGUAAAUCUUUUUUUCAUGCAACGGUGUACAUAAAGCAGUGUAGAAUUUUAUUUGGAAAGUUUGUACCAACUUAUUUUAAGACCAUGAAAUAAAUUUGAAAAUGGUUACACAGACAAAUGUGGCAGAAUUCACGCUAUAUAAAAGGGGAAUCCUCAUUAUUGUGAAAAAAUGCCUCCUUGAAACAAAAUUAAUUUAAUCUUAACGUUUGGAGUAAGACAUUUUCUUGAAAACUGCCAUUUCCGAUUUUUGUUUCAAAGAGGCAUAUCUUUAAUAAAUCUGACUUUUGGAAGAAAAAAAAUCAUUAAUAUCUUUGAAAUCUAAAAACGAUUAUUAAAUUUUCCCUUCUUAAUUCAUGUCUAGGAUAGUCGAGUUGUAACGCAGUUAGAAUAGACUUUAACCGUGUCUUAUAUUUUUGACUGGGUUCGAAUCCCGAAAAAGUUGGAAUUUUUUAAAGAUUUUAUUUCUCUUAAUCGCAUGGAAAGGCAAUGUGUAGAGAUAAUUUAAGAAUGUCAGAAUAAAGUUAUUUAAACGCGUGUCAAUGUAAUAAUGUGCAUGUCAGCUUAUUUUCAACAUUACUGUGUGAAGUCCCCGUCAUAAACUUGAAAAUCAUUUUCUUCUGAACAAAAGAUUUUAAAACAAUGUACUUAGUAUGCAUCAAUGUAGAAAGUUGAUUUUUCACCCUUUUUAUGAAAUAAACGGAUAUGCUGAUUUCAAAGUUAUACAUGCACAGGUUGUUAAAAGCAAACAAAAUCAUUUUAGAAAGUUUGAAUCGGUGAUGAAGCAAUAGGUUACUGAAAAUAUGGACGGAAAAUUGUACUUUUUUACUAGACUUAGCAUUUAUUUAGAUACUAUAGAAACAUAGGAUGAUUAUAAUUACAACUCUGACGGUUUUGAAGAGCCAGAAUAAGAUUUAUUUAUGUAUCUCAAGAAUGAUAUUUUAAACACGCUGGACAGUAGAUAUCAAAUUGAGAUAUGUUAACAUUCGAAUACAGAAAACAUGUAUAUGGUUAUCUUUCUAACUGUAUUUGUUGGCUGCCGUGUUCGAUAGAAAUGCGCGUAAAAUGUUUGUUUAUUUUGCCUCCGUAGGGAACAUACCCGCUAUGCAAAUAUAGUCGUCUACGUAAUGUGUCUAUAUUUAGAUGUGGCUCUCAAGCGAUACGGAUAGUUAAAGGCCCUUACCACGUUAGGGAAUAGUCCCACUGUUUUGCAACACCUUUUUAAUCAAAUCAAAAAAACUUCAGUGUAUAUGUUACAUUAAAAGUUUAAAAUUUAUCAAUUACAUGAAUCAGCAAUUCAUGAUAUUUAACUGUUCAAUUAAUUGAAAAAUGUUGUUAUUUGAAAUAGAAAUUCGUGUAUUUAUGACCUUUAAUUACGUAUCAAAAUUUGAUAA